AUGAGCAUCAUAUCUACCACAUACUCUCCGCUUCCUAUCUCAUCAUUCCUAGCUCAGAACAUCGGCGUGGAUGACAGCAAGGGCAUGCUGUUCAACAACACAAAAGCCGACCAAACGGUUCACGCCCACUGGCAACGGUGGGCGCAAACCCUUCAGAUCUCCCUUGCAUCUUUGCGCCGGACAUGGCGCCUCUCCAUGAAGCCAAGCCAGACAAGCUCGGCACGCCGAGACGCUCACUUGGGCAGCCAAGUCGUUAUUACAUCUGUUAGCGGCGGUCGUAUACGAGACGAAGCAACUGGAAAUAUGACCAGAGUUGUCAGUCAGGCUACCAGCAACCCAGGAUUCAAAAGCCUCCCUGUUGCUUUCGGCGGCAGACACUCACUGGGUCUCAUUGCCGGCAAGAGCGGGCAACCCCUUGCUUCAAGUAAGUCAAAGUCGUCGCCUCACCGAUAUGCCGGCCAGCUCAUCCAAGACCCCUUUCUUGUCAGCCCCAUCACGACGCCGUCGCAGCCCUACCGCGCCAAGGAUACGAGACGGCUGGCCUUCUAA